ACUUUUUUUUGCUUUUCCCUUAUUUGUUCAGAUCCUCGAAAAGUUUUAUCUUUUCCAGACUCGAAAUGGCUGGUGGGAAAUAUCAAGAAUCCUCCUCUUCACGGUUUUCUAAUUGUAAACAUCAAGUGUUCUUGAGUUUUAGAGGUGAAGACACCCGCAGGAAAUUUACCGAUCACCUCUACAUGGCCCUAGUCCAAGCAGGGAUUCGCACAUUUAGAGAUGAUGAUGAGAUUCAGAGAGGACAUAAUAUAGAGUUGGAGAUCCAGAAAGGAAUACAACAAUCAAACAUAUCGAUAAUCGUGUUCUCCAAAGACUAUGCUCGUUCGAGAUGGUGCCUCGAUGAACUUGUUAUGAUCAUGGAACGUAGGAGGACUACUAACUCCAUAGUUUUGCCGGUUUUCUAUGAUGUGGAUCCAUCCCAAAUCAGAAAUCAAACUGGGAGCUUCGCUGCAGCAUUUGUGGAACACGAAAAGCACUUCAAGGAGGAGAUGGAUCGGGUGAACGGGUGGAGGAUUGCAUUGAAGGAAGUUGCAGAUUUGGGAGGAAUGGUUUUAGGAGAUGGGUACGAGGCACAGUUUGUCCAAUCUAUUGUGGAGAAGGUCUCAAAGAAUUUGGAUCGAAAAAUAUUUCAUUUGCCCUUUCAUUUCAUUGGAAGAGAUUCUGUAAUACAAUAUAUCAACUCAUGGUUGCAAGAUCGGUCCCAUAGUGCUGCCAUUGCUUUACUCUAUGGAAUUGGUGGAGUUGGAAAGACUGCCAUAGCUAAGAACGUUUAUAACCAGAACUUUUAUAAAUUUGAAGGAAAGAGCUUUCUAUCGAAUUUUAGAGAAAGGUCAAAGGAAUACAAGGGUGUAGUUUGCCUACAGAGGCAACUUCUUUUCGACAUCCUAAAAAGGAAUGUUGAUGAGAUAAAUGAUGUUGAUGAAGGAAUUGUGAAGAUUAAGGAUGCAAUAUGUUGUAGAAGAACUCUUAUUGUUCUUGAUGACGUGGAGGAAAGGGACCAAUUCAAUGCAAUCGUUGGCAUGCAAAGUUGGCUUUGUAAAGGAAGUAAAAUCAUUGUAACGACCAGAAAUAAGGGUCUGAUUUCAGCUAAUGAUGAGUGGGUCAAGUGCAAAGUUGAACCUCUAGAUAACGGACAAUCACUUGAGCUUUUCAGUUGGCAUGCCUUUGGACAAGCUUACCCUGUUGAAGGUUUUGUAGAGGACUCUUGGAAAAUAGUGAAUCAUUGUAAUGGACUUCCAUUGGCCCUUCGUGUUAUUGGUUCUUCAUUAUCUGGUAAAAGUAGAGAAGUAUGGGAAAGUGCAUUGCAUGAAAUGGAAGUGAUUCCAAAUUGUGAAGUUCAAAAGGUUCUUCGAAUAAGUUACGACUCUCUCAAUGAUGAAUACCAGAAGAACUUAUUCCUUGAUAUUGCUUGUUUCUUCAAUGGAAUGGAUUACAAUUAUGCUGUUAGGAUACUAGAUGGGCUCGGUAUAGGUGCAAGAUUCAGGAUUGACAAUCUCAUUGACAGAUGUCUUGUAGAAAUUGUUGAAAUCAACAAUGAUAAAAGGUUGUGGAUGCAUCAACUCGUAAGAGAUAUGGGAAGGGAAAUUUCUCGUCAAGAAUCACCCCAGUGUCAAAGAAUAUGGCAUCACAUGGAAGCUUUUACAGUUUUGAAAGAAACAAGUGAUGCUGAAAAAUUGCGUGGCCUUACCAUUGAUAUGCAUGCAUUAAUGGAAGAAAAUUGUACCAAAGCUAUAUGUGGUGAUUCAGUGGUUCGCCAAAAGCAUGACUUCUGUCAACAUUAUCGUCUUCCUACGUUUCCCUCUCGGGAAUGGCUUUCUGACCUUUUCUUCGGGGAACAAGUACGAAGUGGUCAAGCAAGUUUGUUACCUGUCCUUAACACAGAUGCUUUGAGAAAGAUGCAAAAUGUAAAAUUUCUCCAACUAAAUUACGUGAAGUUCUAUGGAAGUUAUGAACACUUCCCUAAGAAUUUGGUAUGGUUAUGCUGGCAUGGAUUCUCUAUGAGAUCCAUACCAAAACAAUUAUGCUUGGAGAAGCUUGUGGUUCUUGAUCUAUCCAGAAGCAGUCUUGUUGAUGCUUGGAAAGGAAAAUUGUCCCUUCCAAAAUUAAAAAUACUUGAUCUGCGCCACUCACAUGGCCUCAUUAGAACCCCAGACUUGUCAGGUCUGCUAAGACUUGAAAAUCUAAUACUUGAAGACUGCAUCCAUUUGGUUCAGAUUCAUGAAUCUAUUGGAGAUUUGCAUAGUCUCAUGAUGUUAAAUCUGAAGAAUUGUCAUAGUCUCGUGGAGCUUCCAGAAGAAGUGAGCAGAUUGAAUUCACUUCAAGAGCUUUAUUUAAAUGGUUGCUCGAAUCUUGACAGCCUGAGUAUGGAGUUAGAGCAUCAUCAUGGACACAGGUUGCUUCAAGGUGAUGGAUUUGUUGCUAGUACAUCAUACAUUUCAUCUUUGUCGUUGAAGCUAUUGUUUCCCUCUAGGUUUUCAGCAAGGAAAACUUCGAGAUUUACAUUGCCACACUCCUUGACGAGACUAGAUUUAAGUGGAACUCCAAUUCGUUUUCUUCCAGAAAGCAUUAAAGACCUCAGUCCACUCGUAGCCCUGACUUUAAGAAAUUGCAAAAUGCUUCAGACACUCCCAGAGCUUCCAUCCAAUUUGUCUUCGUUAGACGUGUCUAGUAGUUAUUCGCUGCAAACAGUUCCAAAUCUAAUCCCUUGGACUGUAGUAUAUGAUUGUGAUCAAUUAGUUGACAUCCAAGAUUCGAUGAAGCUAGAAUUAAUCCAAAAGGCUGACUCACACAUGUUCAGAAUAAUGGAAACGGUCAACGCUCAAAUACAGCCCUGGAUAUUUCAGGUAACAGUUUUUGAGGGUGUAUUCAACGUUGUCAUAAGUGAUGAAGAUGGGAUGUUUAAGUUUUAUGAGGAGGAAGAAGAGGAGUGGAUAAUUCAGAAAGAGUUUGUAGGCUGCCUGUCAUUCCAAAUAGCCUCGCCUGCUGCGCACCGGAUAUGUGGUUUUAAUCUAUUCACAAUGUUUUGUACCACGUCAGAAACCCUUCUCUGUGGUUCUGUUUAUCUCGAAAUAACAAACAAUACCAGUGGUCGAUCCUUGUUUUGUCCCGCCUCUUUCUUUCCUAGUGGCUACAAGCACGGGAAUGCCGUCCUCCAAUCGCUAAGCCACUGGAAAUUAGGGGGCGAUGAUCCUACAUUUGAUAAUGGUGAUGACGUGAGUAUUUCAGUGCUUCCACUUGAUCCAACUAUUCAAAUAAAGAUCGUAGGUGUCCUAUGGUUGCAUGAAGAGGAAGGAAAUGGUGGUGGUGAUGAUAUCCAAUCAAAGAAUAAAGUUAUCACAUCCCAAAGUAGUAGCUCAUCACACAGGAAAGUUAUCACAACCCACAACAGUAGCGAUGAUGAUGAUGAUGUACAUCUAGCCAAUGUAGAAACAGCUUCUCAUAUUUUUAGGAAUUAUUCCUGUGCUGCACGUUAUAAUCCUGGCAACUUGGAAGUAUGUUCGUGGUUAUUUGAAAAGAAAGGGAUAUUGGAAGAAAAAGGGAGGCAUCUUUGUUUAGCCUCUUGCAUGGUUGGUGGCGCUGUAAGAGAGAGGGGUUGAUUCUUUCGAAUUGCGGAGGAGAUCAGCUAGCAACAGAUUAUCUCUUGACACAUUUGUCUUCACUCAGUUGUUGGGGUCUACAUUGACAAAGCCACCAUGGUCGUGAUGAACCUUGAUGGUGAAAGUGUUUCAAGAUGAUAAUGACAACACACGGUAGCCAAGUGACAUGGAGUAUGGAGAGGGAUGGAAACUUGGUGAUGGAUUUGGAACAAAGGCAGUGCUUUAUUUGUGGCAGUGUGUGGUAGUGCUCGACUAAGUGUUUCAUGGCUCUGCUUUUUCUUCAUGCUAGCACUGAUGUUCAUCAUUUGUCCUCUACCUUUUCAGUUCGGGUGUUACAUUGGAAGGCAGCAACACACCAGCUUUUUGGAUAUAUAGUCACCUUGAUGCCCUACUCUCGAUUCAGUUCAUAUGGCUGAUUUCUAUAGUUUUAAUCUAUGAGCAAUUUAAAUGCAUUCUGGAUUGUGCAUUAAGUGUAGGUCUGCUUAGAAGUUGAGAUGAGAAGAUGAAGGCUUAAGCUGAAGCAGAUCAUGGAAAUGUACAGAAGUACAGCUUGCGAAGAAGCACUUUCUGCGAAAAAGAAAGAAGUUUCAUUUCAUCAUCAACUGCACCAAAAAUUUGAAAGAAGUUCGCUGUCAUUGAACUCAAUCCUGCAUUUGAACAUGGACUCAGUUGGCUGCUGAGUGUCAGGAAGGAACUUGACUGAAGAUAUCAAGUAAAGAUAUCAACGUCUCCAAGGAUUACCCAUGCGAAGUGCGGGCAUCAAAUCCAAGUGUGUGGGCGCGCGCGUGUACGUGUGUGUGUAAAGGUUCAUAAAAUUUUCUUCACGUACGGCUCAUGAACUUGUUUUUUCAUUCAAACCCGCUGGGGCCAAAAGCCUGUCAUGGGCCCACAUUGUUAUUGUGUGAAUAAAAAUAAAAAA